AUAUUUGCUUUCUAUUUAGCACUCAAGAAAUUUUGACUUGAUUUUCAAAUCAUGCAUGUUUACAUAUUUAUGUAAAAUUGCUCCAAAUCUCGAAAGCCUACUUCCACUCACCAAUCGAAUUAUAGUGAACUUUAGAUGAAUUUUUAACUUAUAUCACGCAUUGAUAUUAGCAUAUGAUACUUUUGACAAAAAAAAAAAGAAAAAGAAAAAUGAUUACUAAUUUCUUAUCAGGUUCAAUUUAAUCAUUUUAUUUCGGAUAUUGCGAUGGUAUUAUAAGUCGCAGUUCUACAGAAUGUUUCUGUGUUUGCAGACUUUUCUUGUUGAUAUAUUUUUUCAUCAAUUUCAUCCAUUAGUAGAAUACGUCGAUAAAAUUUGACCAAAUAUUUUCACGCCUUAUGCGCUCAUGUACACAUUCCGUUGAACAUGUGUAUGAAAAUAUAUCGUGUCGCGCCGGUUUGAUAAUUUUUUGUUCGUUUGUGUUUCUGUUGACCCAGAAAUCAUAUCGCUAGCUGCAUAUCGCUGUUGAGAUAACAGUAAAAUCAUUAACGGCAAAUCAGACCUAACAUAUACAAAAAAAUGACUUCAUACUCUAGAGGGGUCUAUUUUAUCUUGACCGAGAGAUGAAAGAAAUUUUAGAUUAUUUCUAAGUAUUAUACUCGCUCAUUACUUUUGUGUGGCCCUAUACCACACAAGUAGGAAGAUCUUGAUCGCGGUGUGAAUGCCAUCUUACAUGAUCACGCCUGCGUACCGGCGAACAGUUCCAGUCCAAACUGGUCCUCGGCGUGAACCACGUGUUGGAAAUCCGCGAGCAGUAGUAGGACGUAGAGACUCCAGCCGUGCUGGCAUCGAUGUGUCCACGUAAUCAAUCUUCCGAUUAAUUUCGGUGCGUGUUGCUUCGGGCUUACUUUAAGAUGUUGCGCAGUCUUACCGUCUAGAUAUCCCUUGGCGAUUAUGACGAAAUAUCUCGAAUACACGAGAGGCAACUCGGUUAUUAUCGCGACCAGCUGGAGACAUUUGCUCGUCGGUCGAUCAUAUGUUUAUGUACGCGAAGGAAAGUUGAUGGAAUUCGACGUCGGCAUGCCGUCUCGUUUUACAUGGGUUGUUUUGCGUGCUAAUUGCUGAUCAGCAGAUGUUUACUUAGCAUUAAACAAAAUAGUAUCAACGAAUUUCCAGUAACGGCAGCUACCGUGGACUCACACUAUGAAUCCGGCUCGUGUACAGCUAACCAAGUGGGCAGUGCCGGUGGUGACUCUUGUCGGCGUCGCUCUCUAUUGGUACAAACGCCGUCGGGUAGAAAGAGGUGAACUACAAUGGAAUGACUCGGGUGGGACUGCGAAAUCAAAUUGCAUAGAAAAGGCGAUUUCAAAUGAUAAGAAGGAGGUUGACACCAGCCUCAAUGAGUCCGGCGUUCAGAAGGAGACGAACCAGGGAUCCUCAGAUAGCUGCUGUUACACGCGACAAGAAGAGCCGACUCGCGUCCCAAGGAAGGUCAGCGAGAGCAUGGAUAUUCCGUAUAAGAAUUCAACAUCGCAAUCCGCCAUCUGUAGUAGCAGCCAGAUUAGGCACCCGGACACCGAGACGAUACGCAGUUCAGAUGUAGAGUUGGACAAUAAUCCAAAUGCGAGCUACUUCGAAAUGAUCGCCACGAGCGCAAGUUCCAAAAGCCCAAAUUCCUGCACGUCUAAGAAGAACGUAGAUAACGUAACGAGAAUAUUUCAAAACGUCGCCGGCGAGGAAGAGAAGUCUCUGCGUUGUGAGACGGAGAAAAAUUAUGCCACGGACGAAUAUAAUUACAAGGAGGAUGGGCAGCAAUCCGAGGGACACAUCAACGCUCAGGGACAAGAGGCCGAUGAAAGAGACUCUGCCAAUCAUAGCCCGGUUUCCGUAGUUCUGGACGGCAGCGUCACAGACGGAGCCGAGAGCGAAGGAAGCAACACGGAUAGCGGAAAAGGUGGAAGUAUUAACGGAUGCAGGAAGGAUAGUACCGCACCAACCACGUAUAACUUUGCUAUACCUCAACAUCUAGUGGGCAGAUUGAUUGGCCGUCACGGCAGCUUCUUACACAGUAUUCGAACGAAGGCAAAUGUCGGUAUAUACGUCAACGAUCAUCCUUGCGAUGGCGAUCAUAAGAUUUGCUCGAUACGAGGCAGUGUUGAGGGAAUUAAUAUCGCGCUUAAAAUGGUAAGGCAGAAGUUUCCGGAGAAAAGGUUUCCGCAAGUAACAUUAGCGGAGAUUGCGACAAUAGCCGAGGUGAUCGAAGAAGUUGUGUAUAAUGUCCCGAUUCAACGGCCCCUGUCCCUGGUUGAGGGUGUUAAUAAUGACAUUAAUAUCUCUCACAUUGUCAAGCCAAAUUGGCUCUUCGUUCAGCUUCCGACUCAUCCAUCAUUUCUCCUUUUGCAAAAUUUGGAAGACAGCAUGAUGUAUUGGUAUAACAAUGAAUUGUUGCCAGUUCCAGAUGUAUUGAACAGGGGUGAUUACGUGGCUGUAUAUUGGAGCGACAAAUGGGUUAGAGGAUGCAUUGAACGUCCAGAUCCAUCGGGAGAGAGAAGCGUAGUACGAUUACUCGAUCACGGUGGUUACUGGCAGUUUAGUAAUUCGCAAUGUAGGCCAUUGAUAUAUAAUUAUUUGAGCCUACCCUUCCAAGCCAUCGAAAUCUUUUUAGCAAAUAUUCAGCCAAAGAACGGUAAAUGGUCGACAGAAGCUUACAAUGUGGUGCAAAAUUGUUCCUCAAAGGGAGUUGCUGCUCAAGCUCAGAUUGAAGGACGCAUACAAACCAAUAUUUAUGCAAAUAUUUAUUUCAUGAUACAAAAUUACGGGUUAAUUUCCCUUACUGAAGAACUGGUAAUGAACGGACAUGCUGAACAAGUAGCAUGGGACCAGAUGAAACCAGAAACACUUGAAUCCAUCUGUACAUAAGAGUUGUCAAGAAACUCUACAAUUUUCACGCAUAAUCCGCGAUUCUUAGUCAGCAUGGACUAGAGUUUAGUACAAUCGCCAUUGAUAAAAUCUCCUUUAAUCGUGUCAAAAUUGAUUAUUUCGCUUUUUGACUUCGUUCUUUACUCAUGUACUUCUUCGUAAUACUUUAUUGAAAUCGCUGUGAAUACUCUGACACACAUAUUUCCUAAUGGUUGAUUAUUUACAUAGAGAUAUAGUAAAUAACGCAGUAUAUAUAUCAUUCUAACAAUGAUCAAUAAGACUAUAUUUAGCUGUACAGAAGACAUGAUAUUUUGAUCGCGUUUAAGUAGCAUUUAAAGUACUCCCUUAAACAUUGCUCAGAAAGAACGCACUUCUGUGAGCACAAAACUCGUCUCAAACGAGUUCUGACAAGUACAAAAGAUUUGAUUUAGUCCGAACGUAGGAACUUUUUACAACAUUAUUCUCCAAGUUCUAUCGGCCGUGAUAUUUUCUCUUUUAUCUGAGAAACUGAAUUCUUACCGAUAAUGUGCGAGACAAGUCUUUCAGAUAAUUUCAUAUAAUACAUUCAGAAAAUCGCUUUCAUCGUCUAAGCGCCUUGAGACUGUCGUAAAGAAAAUGCAACCGCGUUUAAUCCUUCUCUACAUCUUUAUUAAUAAUUUUGUAUAUAUUGUAAAAUAGUUUACCGAUUGCGUAGAAUAUUUAUAUUUAGAAAAAGAGAAAUUUAUAAAGAUUGCUAUAUUGAUCGUAGAGUAGAGAAAACAAUAACUUAAAAUUUUACAAAGUAGUGUCACAUUUAAACUAGAACAUUGUAUAUCGAAUAACUCAGACGAAUUAGGAAAUUCGUUUCUACGUGACUCAUAUCUAAUUCUGAUUGGGGACGAUUCGAGAACUCAUAGAAAUAAUUUAAUUUAAUUUCACGUUUAAAUUUAAGUCGCCGUAGAUUAAACUUGUUAGAAGUUAUUGUUAAAUGUCGCAUUUCAUUUAACGUCCCGCGUUAUCUUUUCAAAUGAUUUAAAGGUUGCUAAUUCAUUUAAAGAGAUUCGUCUUUUGAACAUUAUUUUUCAGUAACUUGUAUUUCGCACAACUUCACUGUCGUGGCAUAAAAUUAUUUUAUGCUUGCUAAUCAUUUUCUUGAAAUGAUUUCCGAGAUUUUUGCCAUUUCAAAAGAUGGAGACUAAGCUUUCGGAUUAAUCCAGACGUACGCAUGUAUACUGUAUAUAAAUUUGAUUAAUUGUUUACUUAGAUAUCGAUGAUUCUUGCGCGAUAUGCUAACACAUUUUUUUCUAUGCAAGAUUUCAAUGCAGUAGAAACUAGUUAACUGAGAAAAAAAGAGUCUAUAAAUGAUUUGUAACUCGUGCAAUUGCGCUCAACUGAAAACGUUUGGCAGUUAUGAAAUGUUAAUAUUUAAUAUUGUUGGUUAAACAUAAUAUAGAAAUAUUUUUCUAGGAAAUGUAUACAAGUAAGGUUACAAUCAUUAAAUCGCUCACAGUGCUCACGUACAUAAUUUUGUCGCGUGCUGCGAUCAACUCGAUUUAUUAUAACUUAUUAUAAUUUUUUAACAAAGCGAAAAUAUAGCGACGAUAUGGCGCAAUGAACAUCGUUACGUAAUGAUCAUUCGUAAUACUUUUUCGUGUAUAUAAUACGUAGCUGACCGCAAUCUUUGACUCUAUUCAAAUUUUGUACAACACUUCAUUUAGCAUUGUAUUAAUCAUUAAGUAGCUUUGAGUACAUUUAGUAGCUUUUGUAUAUUCAUCAGUUUAAUCCUUGAAGUUAUUAAGACUUGCAUUAAUUUUUACCGCAAGUCCUCUUACAUCUUUUAUACGCCUUCUGUAAAAUGUAGCAUAUUCAGUACAGCAAAAAGAACAGUGUUGUGCUAAGAUUUAAACCAUUGUUUUGUAUUGUAAUACAGGAAUAAAGAUGUUUGUAAAUAGCCUAA